UGAGCCUAAAAGAGAGCAUCACAAGAUCAGGAGGACAUCCUGACAAGAUUUAAGGUGGUGAACGGUGCACCAGGUGGAAAUGUCAUAAAGUUGGUGACAAGACAAUUUGCUUCAACUGUGUAGAACUGUUGCUCUUUUCAAUGACACCCUGAUAAGCAUUUCCAUGGUGCACCACCCACCACCUUAAUUAAAUCUUGUGAAUAAGCUGAUGCUCUCUUAAGGCUUCAGGACAUCUUUCAAUUCAAAAUACAGAUACCUGCACAUGUACAAUAAUAAAAGUAAUAAUAAAAAUUAAUAGUAAAAGUCAGCAGUUGACUUCCAUAUAUGGAAGUCAUUGCUGUGUCUGCUUAGCCCUGUUACAAUAACUCUGCAAAACCCUGUACCCAAAAUAUUAUAGUCAGCAGUUGACUUCCAUAUAUAUGGAAGUCUUUGCAGUGUCUGUUUAGCCCUGUUGCAAGGAUUUUGCAAAACCCUGUAGAGCAUCAGCUUGAAAUAAGUGAAAGAAUGGACUCCACUAACAGCAGCUCAGGGGACCAUACAAAGCCAGUGAUGAGAAAGAGAUGCAAGUAUCAAGUGAGGUGGUUCUAUUCAAAAGGAGCAUUUCUUAUUCUACUGUGGACUACACUUAUCAGUGCACUUCUGGGAUUUUAUGUAACAAGUUUGGGACAAACUAUCCUUUUAGGAACAUUCGAGAAGAACGAUUUACCAAUUGUAUUCAUAGCGCCGCCAUUUUUAACUUUCCUUGCUAUUCCAUUCCUAGGAUGGUUAGCAGAUGCUAAGCUUGGAAACUACAGAGUCUUUAAAUUAAACUGUUUCUUAUUACUAAUUGGAACAAUCUUCUGCUCCAUUCAUACUCUCUACUUUCCCAUGCUAAACUCUGUUGCACUAAGAUACACAGAUGCUGUCAUUGUAGUACUAGGAUAUGCAGUGGGUGCAGCAAGUAUAGCAGUUUGCUUAAUGAUCGCCUUGCAGCUUGGUUUAGAUCAAAUGCCAGAUGCUUCUUCCACUAACGUUUCAAGUUUCAUCAGUUGGUUUGGGUUUUUAAUCUUUCUUGGGUUCUGGAUUUCUAACUGGUUAUCGAAUGCACUCAUUUAUUGCAUACCGUUACUUUUGACAAUCGACGAUAUUUUGAAAAUGCAACUGUUUACCUUAUACCCAGUAAUAUGUUUGGCAAUUAUCUGCUCUUCAAUGUUUUUGCUAGCUCCAAAAUGGCUAAUUAUAGAACCAAAGUCGCCUAAAGCCAUCAAAACCAUCUACCAGGUUCUCAAGUUUGCGGCCAAGCACAAGGCUCCUAUUUAUCGCAGUGCUCUGACAUACUGGGAGGAAGACGUACCUUCUAGACUAGACCUGGGGAAGACAAAAUACGGUGGUCCAUUUUCUACAGAGCAAGUUCAAGAUGUGAACACGUUUCUAAGAAUACUUGUGAUGUCUUUCCCAAUAUUCGUCAUUUUAACAUCGGGUGGGAAUAUACUCAUCAAUUUCACGGUUGUUGAUCAAGACGUAAUAUUUGAUGCAAUGCAAUAUUAUCUUAACCCCAACAUCACCGAAUGUACAUCAAGCAUUGUAUACAAUUUUAGUUGCAACUUUUGGUGGAGUGGUAUCGUUACAAUAGUUGUCUACGAGUUUGCAUUAUAUCCAUUCAUAAGAAACAAAGUACCCAGCUCUAUCCGACGAAUUGGAGGUGCGGCUCUACUGUACAUAUUACUGAAUAUUCUUAAUUUGGCCAUGCAAUUUUAUCCAUAUGCACGAGCAUCAGUACUUUUUAUGGGGGCUCUCAGUGGCUUCUUAUCUGUACUCUUAAUAAACGGAAUACUAGAAUUUGUGUGUGCCCAGUCACCAUACAACAUGCGAGGACUUUUAACUGGCUACAUGAUAUUUCUUGUGCUUCUAUCAGUAUCUGCCAACUUUCUCAUGAGAUAUUUCCACAUUUUGAUCAAUAAACAUUCGAAAUAUUACGUUAUCCCUUCAAUAUCAACUGCACUGAGUUUAGUUGGAUUGGUCCUGUACUGCCUCCUGGCUCGCUGGUACAAGUGGAGAGUUAGAGACGAGGACUACAAUGCACACAGAGUGGUGGAGGAGGUCUAUGAUCGAUACCUCUCUCAUGUACAGAAUAACUGUGUACCUUAAGAGUGAUAGUCAAGGACAACAUGAGUCACAUGACUGAACUGACUACACUCAUGCAUAACGCACUAUCUG